GACCAUAGACUAGUGAAGCUUGACAAGCCCGCGACAACCAACGUCAUAGAAGUUAGAUGUUCUAUGACCAUAGACAUAACAUGAUACACUACAGUACUCCCCCUCCAGUGGGAAAACCCACGAAACAAAUAAUACAUAGCAAACAAUGAAACAAUACAAAGUUAAGUACAAACGUAUGAAAAGGUGAAAUUACAAAAAUAAGUUAUAUGCAAAUCGUAAAAAUAACAUUGGGUAAGUAUAAAGUUAACAUUGUUUAGUUACUUAAAUCGUACACAUUUAUUGUUUGAUUGUAGCACUUCAAUUUUCGCAUAAGAGUGAUCGUGCGAAAUGGGAUUAUCAUUCAACAGGAAUGCAGUGAAAUAUUUUUCAGAACGGUUCACUACACGAUACGGGCCAUCGAACGGUGGUUGGAGAGGUUUUUUUACCGAAUCGCGACGCACAAACACAUGUGAACUGGAUUUGAGUGCUGACGUUGGACAAAGGACGAUGGAUCCAAAUGGAGAGAAGAAGAUGGUAGAAAUAGUUCUCCAGGUAAACGUAUUCCUGAUCCAUAAAGCAUUUCUGCGGGGCUGGCUUCGGCAUCCUCGCGCAUUACACAACGGAAGCCGAGGAGGAUCAUUGGUAGAAUCUCAGUCCAACGGUCGCUGCGGUAAGCUUUAAUAGCACUUUUUAGAGUGCGGUGCCAACGUUCGAUUUUUCCAUUAGUUUGCGGAUGAUAGGGUGAAGAUCGAGAUCUUUUGAUGCCCAAAAGUAAUGCUAGGGAUUGAUAUAGUGAGCUUUCGAAUUGACGGCCUUGGUCCGUGACAAUCCGCAAAGGGAUGCCAAAACGUGCUAUCCAGUGAGUGAAGAAAGCUUCUGCCACAGUUGCAGCGGAUAUAUCUGCAAUAGGUAUGGCUUCUACCCAACACGUAAAUCGGUCAAUGAUUGUUAAACAAUAUGAGAAACCUCGUGAAGGUGGUAAGGGACCAACUAUAUCCAUGUGGAUAAAUUGAAAUCGUUCUGUAGGGAUUUGUAUAGACUGAAAAGGUGAACGAGUAUGCCGUUGAAUUUUUGCCUUUUGGCAACCAAUGCAUGACCGUGUCCAUACUGCAAUGUCUCUUCUGAUAGAUGGCCAUACGAAUUUGGUCGUGAUUAAUUUUGUGGUUGCUCUAAUACCAGGAUGUGCCAAGUUAUGGAAAUUAUUAUACACUACCUUACGCAAAGAAGGUGGUACAAAAGGACGAACUUGCGAUUGACUAAUGUCACAGUAUAUCGGUAAUUUGACAUUAGGAAAUUGAAUUUGACGUAGUAAAAGAGAAGUGGAGUUUGGAUUUUGAAUAAUAUUUUGUAGUUCAGAAUCAUCUUGUUGAUGUUGAGCUAGUUGUUCUAGAUCAAUAGGGGUAGGACAAUUUAUAGCUUCUAAGCGAGAAAGAGUGUCAGCUGUGAUAUUAUCUUUACCACUGAUGUGUUUGACUAUUGUAGAGAACUGACUUAUAAAAUUUAAUUGACGAAAUUGUCUAGGCGAGCUUUUAUCUCCUUUCUGUGAGAAAGCGAAGGUCAAGGGCUUAUGAUCAGUAUAGAUAGGAAAGGGUCUGCCUUCAAGAAAAUGACGAAAGAAUUUAAUAGCUGAAUAUAUAGCUAAAAGUUCGCGAUCAUAAGUACUGUAAUUUUUUUGGGUAGGAGUGAGCUUUUUUGAAUAAAAUCCUAACGGCUUCCAGGCGUCAGAUUCCCAUUGCUCAAUGACUGCACCAAUGGCAAUAUCUGAUGCAUCAACAGUGAGGGAAAUGGGUGCGUUUGCAGAAGGAUGAGUAAGAAGAGUUGCGUUAACCAAAUUUGUUUUGCACUUUUGAAAAGCUUCUAAUGAUUCAGGAGACCAGGUUAUAAGUGUUUUGUCGUUUUUCUUACUGUUUUUAAGAAAAUUGUGUAAAAUUGCUUGGUUGUUUGCGGCAUUUGGAAUGAAACGACGAUAAAAAUUGAUCAUACCAAGAAAACGUCGCAAUUCUUGAACGUUUUUAGGAGUUGGGAAGUUUUGAAUGGCCAACACCUUGUCAGUUAAAGGUUUGGUUCCUUCGGCGGAAACUUCGUAACCUAGGAAAUUUAUUUUGGCUUCACCGAA